CGCCUUUGAUAGGAUAUCAGAUUUGAGGUUGGGAAUCGGAGACUGAUGGAUGUUCUAAGCAAAGCUCAAUGGUCAAGGUUAAGUUCAAUGUGCCAUCACCGCCUCACCUCAGCUAUCGUUACUUACGGUCCCGCUCACCCGACCUGCCUUGCCCUCCUAACGUAAUCGAGCGCGAGAAUGGACCCUUUAAUAAGUCUACCGUUCUGGAAGGCUGCAUCAGCUCUUUUCAACAGACCUCUGGCAAGAGAAAAAGACAUGCGUAGGCGGACUUAAAGCGGAGUAUAGAUAGUUGAGUAUGCCGUGCCGUCGGGACAUGGGUUGGCUGUUACGGAAUGAGUUGCCGUCGAGCCGACUUGAACGGAGUACUAUGUUCAAGAAGCGCCUGAGCC